AGCAAUGCAUUCCCAACCCUCGAGGCGGCCAGACGUGUAUUUCUGAGAUACAUUGGGGUCGGUGGCGAGUGUUGGUGUAGCGACGGCGGUGUCGAGUGCGGGGUGUCGUGCGACUCCGCCCGCGCGCCUCGUCUGCUUCGCUUGAGCUGUCAAACCGCCUCCGACGGGCACCCGGCUUGAACGCUCUUACUUCAAUCGCUGCAACUUGCGAUCGUAUCGUAGUGCGUACUCGGUGACUCACAAUCUGUGCGUGAUUUUGUUACAUCGUAUGACGGAGUUGACUCUAAGGAGAUGAACGGCAGUACGACGACGGUGAAUAGUGGCGCCGUCAACGGUACUAAUGGAGCGCUCAAUGGCAUUGGUGCAGCUCCACGUACCGCGACACUUGGAACUCCUAGUAGUUACGCGUACACAUCCAGCGGUUCUCUACUCGGUCGCGGUGGCUCCGCCAGGCCGGUUCCACCGCCAAUUUUGCCCAAGUAUAGCGGAUCUUUCAGUGCAGGUAGCACAACAGGUCUGCGGGAACGAGACAGAGAGGGUACAGGAGGUUCACAUCGCUUAGCUAGCCUUGAAAGAUUGGCUCUACGACAAAGAAUUAUCGAACAAAGUUCUAACAACCAGGUGGCAUCCCUUAAUAAUACUGGCGCAAGCAGUAGUGGGCCCACCUCUGCUACCGUCACCCUUACUGACACGGCUACGUUACAAAGUAAACGAGAGCUGUUCUUCAAGUCGGACUCAGUGAGUGGUGGUGUAAGCGCAACGGGCCCGCCUAGCGGGGCGCCGCCUGCGCCUCCAAUUGCGCCCUCUGCACUCAAGGAUGCUCUGGCGAAACGCUCUGCUACGCUCCCGGACUCGCACGACAGUAACCAUCACGAAGCUAACGGCACCGCGCUCCCGACCAAACUCAGCAAUAGUGUGUCAGUUGACACCCCAAAACUUUCAAGUGCGGCAGCCCUGCCUACUGCAGCGCCCCCAGUGCCAACUACAGCUCCGCCUUCGGUACCUACACCUCUUAGGAGUACAGAAAACAUUAUGAAGAAACCAGAGCACCCACCUGUUGCGCCGAAACCGGAAUUACCUAAGUUAGAAAAGCCAAAAACCAAAGAAUUAGACGGAUACGUUGGAUUUGCAAAUCUCCCAAAUCAGGUGUAUAGGAAGGCAGUGAAAAAAGGAUUCGAAUUUACGUUAAUGGUAGUAGGUGAAACAGGGCUCGGCAAGUCGACGUUAAUAAACUCUUUGUUCCUAACUGACGUGUAUGAUAAAGAUAAACACCCAGGACCAUCGCUACGGGUGAAGAAGACUGUAGGCGUGGAAACAAGUGUUGUGUUACUCAAGGAGAAUGGUGUCAACCUCACGUUAACCAUCGUAGACACACCCGGAUUUGGUGACGCCGUCGAUAAUAGUAAUUGCUGGCAGCCGAUUAUUGAUUUUGUGGAAUCUAAGUAUGAAGAGUUCCUGAACGCUGAAUCACGCGUGACGCGCAAGGCAGCGCCGCCUGAUACUCGCGUCCACUGUUGCCUAUAUUUCAUCGCACCCAGCGGACACGGGCUCAAACCACUCGAUGUGGAGUUCAUGCAGCGGCUCGGUGACAAAGUCAACAUCAUUCCCGUUAUAGCCAAAGCUGACACUAUGACGCCCGAAGAGUGCAAGGAUUUCAAAGAACAGAUAAUGAAGGAAAUCACGCAACACAAAAUCAAAAUCUACGACUUCCCGGAGAGCAGCGGUGAGGAAGGCGAGGCGGCGGACGCGACGCGAGCAGUUCGUUCGCGUGUUCCGUUUGCUGUCGUUGGCGCCAACACUGUCAUCGAGCAGGAUGGACGCAAAAUACGCGGAAGGAAAUACCCCUGGGGAAUUGCGGAGGUGGAAAAUCUAGAGCACUGUGAUUUCUUGGCUCUGCGCAAUAUGGUAAUUCGGACGCACCUCCAAGAUCUGAAAGAUGUUACGAGCUCAGUACAUUAUGAAAACUAUCGGUGCCGCAAGCUCGCCGGUCUCUCCCACGAUGGCAAGCCACAUAGGAUUAACUCUAACAAGAAUCCUUUGGCACAAAUGGAAGAGGAAAAGAGAGAACAUGAUCUUAAAAUGAAGCAGAUGGAAAGUGAAAUGGAGCAGGUGUUCGAGAUGAAGGUUCGCGAGAAGCGCGCCAAGCUGAAGGAGUCCGAGGCGGAGCUGGCGCGGCGGCACGAGGCGACGCGGCGCGCGCUGGAGGCGCAGGCGCGCGAGCUCGAGGAGCGCCAGCGCGCGCUCAUGGCCGAGCGCGCCGCCUGGGAGCGCGACACCGGCCUCUCGCUCGACGACCUGCGCCGCCGCUCGCUCGAGGCCAACAGCAAGGAGACCGUGGAUGGCAAAGACAAAAAGGAUAAGAAAAAGAAAGAUUGGUCUUUUAAGAGUGUUACAGCUGGAAUAGCAAUAUAGUAUGGACAUAGGUCUGAACACGACGCACCAAACUAGUUUAGUGAGAUAUAGUUGUAUGAUUAUGAUAUACCAUAAAGGAACAACGAUUAUUAAGAGACUACAGAACGUAAUAACACUGUAUUUGACAUGUUAAAGCGGACUAUUCAAUUUUACACGAUUUUACAUAAUAUUACUUUUUAUCUAUUUAUUUAUAAGAGUUUCCAUUAUUUAUGUUUUAUUUAUCGUAAGUAAGGCCUAAUUUUUACUAUCAUGUUUCAAAAAUCAUUUGUAAACAAUGUUUUGUACGAUUUUUUAUUUGAGGCCUUUGAAAUUUUUACUGUUUUCGUUAUGAAAAUAGUGCACAAAUGUUUUUACAGCUUACGAUUAGAUUUUUACGUCCACAGAGAUGCCAAAUAGCUUGUAAUAAUAACGAUCUGCUUUAAUCAGAAAUCGACGUCUAUACACAUUAUUGUAUUUUAGUAUAUAUUAUUAUAUAAUAUAUUUUGAAUUCUACAGACAAUGACAAUUGUAGCGACGUGAUUUCUCAGCUCAAAAGUGAAAUUAAGGUAUAGGCCAAUAAGCCUUUACUGAUAAAUAUAGCACUUUCAAAUACAAAUUAUUAUCAAAUGACAGACUGUCAUGGUUUUUGUUAUAUUUAUAAGUAAAGAUAUUACGUACUGUAGUUAUUCAAAAUUACUUUAGGUAUCUACACCAUUCUAAAUUUUAAUGUGAAUUAGAUAAGAAAUAUUUUUUAAUUCUAUAUCAUUAUAAAUAAUACAAUUUUGGCUUAUUGAGUGCAUUCGAGUAUCUCAACUAAAGUGUGAACUAGCACGGCGUUUGUUAUAUUUGUAUGGAGGGUCGCAGAGUGAACCUACUCAUAGGAGAGAAAUAAAUUGCAUUAGAAGUCCAAAUUUCUUAGGCCUGUAAAUAUAAAUAACAUGUAGUUAGUCGCCUUACCAGAUACGAUUUAAUGGAUCAGAAAAAAAUAUACUUCUCUAUAUUUGAAAAAUGAAAUUGUCACUGAUUUGGAGGCAUACUACAACAAUAUAAUCAAAUGAAAUUAUUUUUUUAGUCAAAGGCCAUUAAAUUAAAUUAUUUCGCGACUCGUUCUAUAACGAAACCAUGGUAGCGGCGGACUAUAUUGUUACCUGUAACUAUUAUUAUAUUUACAGGUAACAAUAUAGUUGGUUUUAAGGAAAUUAUACUUACGGUCGUGUCGCGAACGCGCUAUCCUCUCCUGCAUGAGAAGUGAGCUCUGUUUGACUAGCCUUUUACAUCGUUAGUUCGGUAAUUGUGCUUAGUGAUAUUAAAAUAUGCUCAUAGAUCAGUUGUGAGAUAGACUCUAGCUCUAGCUAGGUUUUAGUGUUUCAAUAUAAUAUUAUAUAGGGAGUGAAACAAGUAAGGCUCAUCUACAAAAAUGGCUUAUACCGCGUAUUAUUUUAUUUUGACUUGAUUCCUUUAAUUUUUGUAUUAUCUGACGCUACAUGCGUUUGAUUUAACUGCAAUAAAAUUUUGUAUUUUAUGUAAAUAUAUUCAUUUGUUUAUUAUGCUCAUAUAAAAUCAAUUAUAUGCCAAGUUACUCAAGUAAUGACUACGUAAGUAAGAGGAAUAUGCAUAAUCUUUAUCUAAUCAGCAUGCCGUGGCAAAUUGUAUUAUUUCCUACAUUACAGUAUUGAUUCUCUCUCAAUAAAAUAAGACAUUAGGUAGUAAGAUUAUGCUUAAUUUUGUAUUUUGUGUAGGGCCUCGGCCCGCUUUACCAUACUGAUCAUUUGCUUAGUCAUUACCAACGGAUAUGUGAUGUAUGUUGGAUGAGGAGUAAAGUGCAGACGAUGUAAUAUAUUGUACUUUGAAUAAAAUAUAAAUAAAUACGUAAUAUAU